AGAACUGCAGUGACUGGUGUGAGCCCUCCACCCGCAAUGCCCUCAUGCUAUAUGCGCCGCACCUGCUUCUGCCCCUCGAGCUCCUUGCGCCGGUAGUCAUCCAGGUCCUCGACGUCGUCGUGCGCCGCGAGGCCCAGCUUCUCCUUGACGCCCGCAUCGCCCAGCGGCUUGCCGUCGGCGCCGACGCCCUUGUCGCCCGGCGCGGCGGCGGCCGUGUGGGCGCUGGUGCUGCUGCCGAGACUGGUGCGCGGCGCACCGGCGGUGGGGGCGACGUGCGACAUCUGCGGUGCGGGGAAGGUGGUGGAUGAAAGGCAGGGCCCGAUGGGGCUGAUGGAUGAGGUCGUGUGCCGGUGGGCGCCGGGCAGAGGACGGCGUCGCUGCUGUGCCUCGUGCAGCGCUGCGGCUCUGUGCAUCUCAGCAGCCCAGCCCGGCAGAUGGGCUCGGCUCCUCCCUCUCGCCGUUCCCGCUGCCAGCCGCUGGCCUCCGCUGUCGCCUGUGCAUGCUCGUCGAGGGCUCGGGGCACGGUCCGCGGCCCGAGUGCGAGACGCGAGACAAGGCGCGCUAUUUUGCCGCAGUGACGCUGCGCCGCAAAGGCACCCGCAGCCGUCUCUUCGGCUCGCGCUGGCGGCUGCACCCCUCCCGCCGUCUCUGCACGUCGGACGCUGGCCGCUCGCCUGCUGCUGACGAUGACCCGCUCAGCGCCGUGCAGGAUGCCGGGCUCGGCGCAACUGCUGAGGUGCAGCAGCACCCAGGUGCAGCGUCAGCUGCAGAGGCGGCAGCGUGCAGCAUGAGCGAUGGCAGAGCAUCGGGCCGGAGGGACAGCGGCGCAGGCCGAGAGACACCGCGUGCUCCCUGGUGCUGGUGCUGGUGCUGAGGUGCCCUUUGGGGCCCUUGGUGACGCACGCGGCGGCUCUUUGGCCCCGACGAAGUGCCGCGUUGGCCCCUCUCGCCGAGCUGAGGGACGACGCGAGAGAGCAGCCGAGGCACGCACGACGGAAGACCA